AUCCACAUAUUUCUCUGCCCACAAACAACAAAAUAUUUGUCAGAUGUUAGACCUGGCCGCGCGACGGAGGCGGAUCAAAGGGCGACUAGCGGCAGCGCCCCGGCCGGCCGGAGCGGAAUCUAGGAGGGAGAGUCAGACGCACCGACCUGGCGGCGCGACGGAGGUGGCUUCCCCCGUACCGUCCAGAUCCACGGGCGGGACGAUGGACGUGGGGAGCGGAGCGCCGGAGGAGACGCGGCCACGGAGCAGGAGGCCGUCCCUACGGCUCCGGGCCGCAUACAAGCGAUUGGUUCUGCUUCUAACCAAGGUUUCAACCGGCCUCCGAAUCCCGUCGCCGCCGCCGCCGCCGCCGAACAAGCUCAACAUCGACGACCCAGACGAGGAUAGAAUCAGCGCGCUCACCGACGACAUCCUCCUCGGAAUCCUCGAGCGCCUCGACCUGCGCGACGCGGUCCGCGCCGGUGCAGUCUCCACGCGGUGGCAGCACCUCCCCCACCGGCUCUCGCGCCUGCACCUCGACGUCCGCCACUUCGGCGGAGCGACUGAUCCAGUCGCGACCAUGGAGGCGUUCACGGCCGCGAUGUGCAGAUUGCUGUCUCCUCCGGCUCCGGCCGAGUGCAAGCGCGCCAUCAAGACCCUCCUCCUCGACUUCUUCCCUGAGUCGGACCCUCACCUGAUAUCCAUAGGCCGCGCCGUCGAGGACGUUGUCACCCGCGGUGAGACUGAAUGUCUUGAAUUUUACAUACGCUCGACAUGCGCGGAAGAAGCUGGCGGGGUGCGUGCGCAGUCCGCGAAGGAGUUCAUGUCCUUCUCCCGUGACUGCCCAGUUGCGUUCCGCUGGCUCACCGUGCUAACUCUCACGCAACUCAUGUUCCGAGACACCGAUGUGGCCGAAAUCAUUAGGGCUUGCGAUAACCUCAAGCACCUCACCCUUAGAUUCUGCACACUGGUUAAGGAGCACUCCACGUCCACGGUCAAGAUCGACACGCCGUGCUCUGGGCUCCAGGUGCUCGACUUGUUCCGCUUUGUUUGCACGCGGGUCGAGCUUGUCUCUGUCCCCAAGCUCAGGAAAGUGUGGUGCGAAUCAUGGUACAGGGGGAACCCCCCGGUGAGCUUCGGCUACGUUCCAGAGCUUCGCGAUGUGACCUUCAGCUCUCAUGCCAUGACGUGGCAGGCACCAUUCUUGCUGAGCGAGUGCAUGUCAAGGAGUGCCACCAACCUGUCUAAACUCUCUUUUAAUUUUUGCUGCCAAAUGAUUUGGAUUAAGCCGGAACAUCCAAAGCACCUCACUGCUAUGUUCAGAAACCUGACGGAUGUGGAGUUUUUCGCUAUCUUUCCUGAGUGUGAUCUGAGCUGGACCCUGUUUAUCCUUGAAGCUGCACCUGCGCUACAGACUUUCAACUUGUCUCGAGAACGGCAUGCUUGUCUCGGAACGGUCGAGGACAGUGCCAAGAAGACCAAUGUGAUGUGGGACCCAUCCAAGAAUUUGAAGCACCUGAACUUGAAGUCGCUGAUGAUGUCCGGGUUCGAGGAGAAAGACAAGGUGACAAACUACAUAAGGCUAGUCAUGGAGCGAGCUGUGGGAUUGAAGAGAAUCGAGAUGUAUGGUGUACACCCAUGUGAGAAAUGCGAUGCCACUGACCCGACGAGAUCCCAGGUGAAUGAAGCUUGCAGGCGUCGGGUCAAGGAGCGACUCACACAUGGAUCCUCCUCAACCGUGGAGAUAUUAAUAAUGUACUACAUCGUCUCAUAACGCUCGCUGCUGUUGCAGUGAUGAUUCUGCAUGUGGUGCGCCCAGUAGUUAUUUAAAUUUUUAUGUACUAAUAGCCUGAGGAUACUCGAUUGAUCUGGACCUUGCAGUGUAGCUAUAUUGUGUGUACUGCGGUCUGGAUGCAUCCUUUUCUUUUCA